UGCUUACACACAACAAUCGGAGCGAAAACAUUAUUAUUAUUGUUCGCAUUCGCGUCACAUCGCAUCUCGCGUACCGCCACGCACACGACUCGCGCCGCGUCGCGUUAGAUAUCAGUUAAUCCAAUAAGUGUUCCGGUGAAUUAUUUCAAAUAUUUUUCCGGUAUUGUUGGGCAAGUGCACAAAGUGACUGUGAAGUGACUGUGACAGUGACCCCACGCGAUCACCACUCACAGCUGCAGGUGUAUCGGUGAGUAGGCACUCAUUACCGCAUUAGCGGUUUACGAGUAGUAGCACACACCCCCCCUCCCCUAGGGGAAGGGGAAACCGUUACACAAGCCGCCGGGCGGGCCCGGCGGCGACCGUUAAGUAGCAGAUAAGAUAACGGUCGGUUAUACAUCGACCGUUAGAAACGGUUACCGGCUUCUUAUAAUAUAUCUUAACGUAGUUACAUUUUAUCUUAAUUAUAGUAUUAUUGAUAAGAUAGAUAUUAAAUUAAUAGCCAAUUUUAAUAUUGCACCCGACCCCGGUCGGGUGUGUAUAAAAUAAAUUACUCUCUAAUUAAAUUAGUCGGGUAGCCCGCUGUAAGGGGGUGACCAUGGGAACCAUAGAGGUUUCCCAAGGCGACCUCCCGCGAUUUUUCGCAUUUUUAGAGACAAAAUUCGGGAAGGGCAUCUUCGAUGCCUUUCGCAAAGAAAUCGGCACCCCGGUGGUGCACGAGAACUCUCCCGCCUCGCCGGCGUCCUCUAACCGAGAGGACACCGGGGAGUCCUCCGCUCCAUCGUCCCCAGGGGACGUGUCUCCGGCCUCACCGGGGGCAUCGUCCUCAAACUCCGACGGCUCUAGCCGUCCUCCCUCUCCGGCCGACAUGGAGUGCGACACUCCAUCGGCCGACUCCGACGCCGCGUCCGCGACCGACCAGUCCUCCUCCGACGAGGACUUCAUUGUAGUUGGGGCCAAGCGCGCUAAGCGCGCUAAGAAAAAUAAAAACACUCCGCCGGCCAAAACCCAACGCUCCACAGAAGGAGCGGCCGUCCCGUCCACCGCGGGUAUUAAAACCCGCGAUCAUGCGGGGAGCAGAAAACCCCCGCCGAUUGUUAUCCAGGACAAGUCGUCCUGGAACAAGGUGUCCGCUGCGCUAAAAGAAAAGCGCAUCUCCUUCACCCACGCGAGGGUUACCUCCGUGGGUAUUAAAGUAACGGUCCCCACUCCGGCGGACCAUAGGCAGCUGACCGCCUUCCUUAGGGCGAACAGUGUGGGCUACCACACCUACGCCCUCGAAGAAGAGAAGAGGCUCCGCGUCGUCAUACGUGGAGUCCCACGCGAAAUAGACUGUCAGGAGGUCCUGACAGAUCUACGCGCACAACAUUAUCCUGUGCACGAAGUGCACAGAAUGUACCGUGCCAGAACAAAAGCACCACUGGACAUGGUGCUUGUAGUCCUGGACCUUUCCCCCGAGGGAAAGGCAAUAUUUAACAUCAAAACAGUCUGCCUGAUAUCAGGCCUUUCUGUUGAGCCGCCCAACAAGCGGACUUACCCCGGACAGUGUCACCGCUGUCAAUUCUACGGGCAUUCUGCCCGUAACUGUUUCGCACGCGAGCGCUGCGUGAAGUGCCUGGGAGACCAUGGCACAAAACAAUGCGACCGCGUCGCAAACACUCAGACCCCUCCGAGCUGUGUGCUCUGCGGUCAGCAGGGCCACACGGCCAACUACCGUGGCUGCCCCCGUGCCCCACGUCCCGGCCACAACAAGGCCGCCCCCUCGAAGGUCGCGAAAGCCCCGGCCCCUCGAGCCGCGCGCCCCGCGCCCCCACCCGCCCCGCAGCCUACAACUGCGCCCCCACCGCCCAAGAACGCAUGGGUGCGGCCUCCGGUCGUGAAGGCGACCCCCCCGCCCCCUGCGCCUACUGCAGCCCCGACGCCGGCCAAAGCAGCGGCCCCCCCGUCCCCACCCAGCCCCACCCCGCAGCUCAGCGCGGUCAGCGGCACUGGAUUCGCCGCCGACUUCGCACUGGUGGCGAAGCUCGCCUGCGCCAUAGACGCAGGCGAGAUCUCCGCCCUGGCCUCCAAGCUGAGGCUCGCGAAAACCCCACAAGACAAGCUCGCAGCCGUCUGCGAGCAUAUCAGCGUGCUAGUCGCGGUGUCAAACUUCACCAUUUAA